AUGUCAGAUUCCGAUAUCUCUCGCCAGAUUACUGGCCUCAUCGAGGUCACAGAAGGCAUAGCCGAGGCGUAUAACCCUAUCAAAGACCUCCGUGGACUACCCAAAGCCUUUCGGGAAGUGAACAAUCUACUUCCUUUCGUCAGACAAAUCCUUCGAGAUGCAAAGGGGCCGACGAAGAAACCCAUGUCCGCCAACGAAGUUAAGGCGCUGAAGACUGCCAUGUGUCGCUGUGCUGAGAAGGCUGACAAGCUGCUGGAGAUCUUCAAGAAGAUGGCGAAGACAGAUGGCCAAUACAGCUCUUCUGUGUACCGGGCCAUUGUUCUUAAGCAAGGCAAGCAUCGCGUCGAAACGCUGAUGGAUGGUAUUUUGCAGGACCUUGGAGCCCUUGUGGGGAACCACAUAUUUCCGGUGGAAAUCCAGAGGCAGGUCCAGCCGUUGGAGGAUGCUCGAGCGGAGCUGGCGAAAGUGCCUCCAUCACUGGUUGACUCCGAUCUGGCCGAGCAGCUCGGUACUGCCAACCAGUAUGGAGAUAAUGGUCGCCAGUAUAACGUGUUCGGUGAAGGCGCCCAGAGAAUCGCGGACGGUCACUAUUUCGAGGCGCAAGGGAAUCAGACUUUCGGUAUGAUACCGCCUCUGGCCUCUAUUAGCAGCUCUGGAAUUACCUCAGCUUAA